AUGUAUGCACAGCAGGCAGCGGUGUUAUGCGAUCUUACAGUACCGCCACCUGCGAUCGAUGAUUCAUUUCCUCAUGUGAAGCUGCUCGAGCAACUCUCCGCAGCGGAUGCACAGAUCGUGCAACAAUUUCUAGCGAGCCGAACCGGUACAUCGAACGAUUGCAGCAAAUCCCAACCAUUAGACCCUCUGGUUGACAUACCUGAGUAUCGGUCCGAUUUGCACGAGGCAUUGCUUCUGCUAUCGAGCUUAAAACAAUCAAAGAUUGUGUUGAACGAAUUGUUAUCCUCUUCAUCGGAUACCGACGGAUGGAACACAGAGAUGGAAAGGACGGAACAAAUAAAGGAGCUGCUCUCCGCCAAACUUGCCAUUCUCGAGGAUCCAACAAGAAUACGAAUGCUCAAGCGUAAGCUUGCUGUGCGUCGUAAGAAACGAAACUGGCAAAAGCGUCGCAAUCUUCGAUUGGCCGAGGAUCGCAAGAAGCUGCUGGUGGACCGCGAGAAGCGCCAGCAGGAGAUCGCAGCAUGGGAAACAGAAUGGCGCCACCGGUUGAAGCAGGAGCAGACAGCACGCGAAGAACUGGCGGCCAAAUCAGCCAUCCUAGCUGACGUUCGCUGGCGAAAGGCACGAGCCAAGCGGUAUCUGCGGCGAUUCGAAAAGACCAUCCAACUACAUGAACAGAGAGCCGUGACCGAAGAAACAGACGGCGCUAAUGCAGAUGGUGGAAACAUUCCCGAAGAACGAUUCCAACGUAGCAUUGGCUGUUUGAUCGACCAAUGGAAGAAGAAGCUGAGCGAUUGCGUCAAAGAGGAGAAGCGACUGAAGGAUGAACUUGCACGCCGUUCCACCGGCAACGAAAGCCGCCGACGUGAAAAUCGUUGGCGGAAGGUCUUAUUUGGAGAUGCGUCGGCAUGCUUGAACCGCAUCGGUCGGAAUCCAUUGGAUGAGUUUGUGGAAGUACGACAUGCCUGGGAUGCAUUUGUGAUGCCGAAUAACACUGACCAGCCAUGUCCUGUGACUCAGGGAAGCGCUGUACCGUCUGGUUGGGUCAAACCUUCGGAUGAUCCACUGCCCGAAUGGCUAUCCUAUCGUGUAAAUCGAGAUCACAAAGGAGCGGUGAGCAACGUAAACGAAUUAAUUUGAUUUCACUUUCUGCAAGUAAUGAACAUUUAACAUCAUUUUGAUUGAUUAAUAAACCGUACAAUAGCCAAAGCUUGUGACUG